CCAUUUUUUCAUUAGCUGUUGUAUCAGAAUCGUAAAAUUAUCACAGCUUCUGUAAUCUCGAUAUAUCUAGUCUAUAUAACUACGAGAUAUGAUGAGAAUAUAUACAUAUACCGUGAUACGUAAAUUAUGAGCACUGGUUUAUCAGUGGUCUGAGAGUACUGUGGUCUUUUAUGUUCAAACUGAAUUGGAUUGACGGAAAAUGGGCUGUUUUAAUACUGUGUGGAGUAAAGCAAAAUCAAAAGUCCAAUCAUGGCACAAGACAGAGUUUGUCCCGAGCAAGGUUCGGGACCCUAUAUUUGGGAACAUAAUAACUAUAUCCAUAGCGGAGACAGCAGCUUAUAGGAUCAUCAUUCAAGAUCUGAGAGUGGGUCUAUUGCCUUCAUAUGCACCUUAUUUGCUGAUAUCAUUCGUCGCAAUGUUCGAGGCAAUACUGGGCCCUUUCGUCGCGUGGUGUGGAUAUAAGACGCGGAAGAGAAUGUUGCUAGGCUGGUCAGUUGGUUUGAUCUUGGCUUCUUUUUGCUGGUUUGCAAUCCCGUCACCCGUGAAACUUGAGGAGUCAGAAUUUUGCGAAAAUCCAACUGUCAACACAAAUAUUCUCUUCGCUGGUCUAUCAGCUCGGACAGCAGUGCGGAUGUUCGUGACAUUAUUUGUAGCAAUAUGCUUCUCUCUGGCGAGGGUGGCCACAUGGAGCCAUUACAUAGCUUACGCAGAUGACCAAGAUCCUACUAGAACUACUGUUGAUUUUGGGCUCCUUGUUAUAGCUCGAGUGAUACCCCUUAUUUUUGGUUAUAAGAUGCUGAGUACGAUUGUGGAGGUGUCCGUCCUCCUAAAGAUCCUCAUUAUAACAAUAUCAACGCUCCUAAAUAUAGCAAAAAUUUAUUUCUUUGUACCAACAUCUGAGCAGCAAAUCGAAGCGAAGGCACCUCCAAUGGAAGACAGAGGUUUCUUCAGGAGUUUGUUUCGAGUGCUGUGUAAUGUUCUCGCUAUGUCGCAAAUGCUGUCCAUGGCGCUAAUCGCUGCUGCCUUCUGGGGAUUUGGGUCUAACGAAGAUGAGGUUGUCAAGACAAGCUUUGACAUUAACGUCUCGAAUGCAAGCAUCAUCGAUCAUCAUGUGGAGUUCUUUCGAUAUUUAUGUGCGAUUCUUGGUGUGGUGUACAUUGGCGUCAAGUAUUCGACCCCAAUACGGACUGAUUACGAAAUACCCAGGGCCCUCAAGCAUAUAUGUAAAAUGACACUUAUCGCUGCAAUCAUGUAUAUACUUAUUGUUAUGGUGCCGUCAUGUAAAAAGGGUCACGUGGCUGGCUUAGAAAACAGCAAUGUAUACACGCAUCCACAAUGCAGUUUGUCAUGUGGUUGCGUGCCAAAGUGGAAUGAGUACAAUCCUGUAUGUGUAGUGGACACUAUGACGACCUACCUUUCACCAUGUGAGGCUGGCUGCACAGGUUCCUAUACAAUUGACGAUUUAAUGGUAUACUCCAACUGCAGCUGCGCAGGUCCUUCAGGGCAAGUGGCACCGGCACCUUGCAGUUAUUUCAACUGUCAGAGUGGAUAUAAUUUUCAUAGGACAACCUAUGCAGCAAUCGUGAUUUUGUCAGUGCUGGCGUUCCAGUCACAAGGCAUGGUGAUCCUCAAAUCUGUGGACCCUCGUGAUAAGUCCAUCGCCAUGGGAAUGAUGUGGUCUGUCAUUGCAGCUGUUUCCUAUGUCUGUGCCAAUAAUAUCUUCUUGUCUAUUGCAUGGAAAACAUGCAGUUGGUACACAGGAGACAAAUGCCAACUUUACGAACAGAGAUUCUCGUAUAUUAUAGGAUUUACCUGUGCAGGACUCAUGUUUAUAGCAUUAGUUAUAAACUUCGUAGCCAUAGGAUAUUUGAGAUUAAAAAACAGACGAACAGAAAAUAGGAAUGAAGAUAACGGAGAGAGAACUGUUAUAGAAUAGAGUUAUUCGUAAUACUUACCUCAAUUAAUCUCGUUGAUUCUGUGAACAAUUUAAACAUAAUCAUAAAAUGUUAAUUAUUAAAGAACAAAUAUUUUUUGUAAUUAAAAACUUAUUCGUUAAGUAUAAAAUUUAUUUCUGACUGGCGUUUAUCCGUUGAAGAGAUAUAUUUAAAAACAAAAAUUACAUUUUUAUUUAUUUAGAUUAUAUUAAUAUUGAUAGUGUUAUACGACUAGUCUUGAUGUACGGCUAGGACGCUAACCAUAAGAGCAGAAGCUACUGGAGGUGGAAGUCAAGAUAUUGCGUAGUCCUGGGGCCGACAAGGAGAGAGAACGGGUCAUAUGGAGUCCAAAAGAUUGCCAAAUUACUUUGCUCUUUUAUAACAUUAACUCUUCUAUAAGAGUUAAUAGAAAAAAUAGCCUUGCCCAACGUUAUAGGCGAAUACAAGGCAUCGAUGGCUGGGGCACCUUGAGGGCAUGGGCCAACAUCGGGCGGUGAAGUAGCCAGUCAAGUGCUCGGAUGCCCUGAAGUCGGCCUAGGUACUGCUGGAUCGACAGAGUGUAGAAGGACCUGCUGCAGCUGAAAUUAGCUAAAAGCCAGCAUGCAGCGUAUCACUUUGAAGGCCAAGUCAGUUUUUAAGCUCCUUUGGCGCUGAGCCAGUAGAAUAAGCGUGAGUGAUAUAAUUAUAAUUUAAAUAAAAUUGACUACGCACAAAUAUUAAUAAUUUAAGUUUUAUAUUAUAAGUAUUAUAAAAUAUAAUAUAAAUUGAAAUAAUAACUGGGAACUUCAAUUUAUUCUUAAUAUAAGUUCUAUCAUAAACCAUGAGUCGAAUAUACUAAUAUAUAUUUUAGAAAAUUUUCAUUCCAUAGUUCCCUCUUACGAUUUAUAAUAUAUUUAUUACAAGCUCCUAUUAGAGAAUUCUUAUCUGUUACUUGUCGAUUCCAUAAAGAAAUUGUUUGACAGGAGCUUGAGAAAAAAUCAGUUUUCGUCAGUCGUGACCCACUAACACCAAACGAGUUUGUACGUGAUAACUGACAAAGCGUCAGGUGAUGUCAUUCCCUUCUGUCUCCCUUAAAGCUCGAUAAAAGUUUUCUCUACCUAAGGUUUAAUGUUUAAUAAUAAUUCAAUUAACAUUUGACAUUGACGGUAACUUUUAAUUUCAUAACUACUUUUUUUAAAGGGGACUAAAUAUAAAAUGUACGUGUUAUUAGGCCAUAACAGCUGAAUUUGCAUAAUUUAAAUUAUGCAGAAUUUAAAUUGUACUAGAAAAUUUAUGCAUGUCACUCUAUUACAAAGUAAUCGCUAAACUUUUUCUGAGUAUAAAGUUUAGGACGAUUGAUUGUUGUUAAACACGUAUAGACUUAAUUUGUUAACAAUAUUAUAUUUAUAAAUAAACUAAUUCUUUUUUUAUAAUUAAAGCUUUACAGCAAGUCUUUCUUGCUUAGUAAAUAUUUCUGACAAUUAAAUGUGUUACCAAAGACAAUAGUAGCCAAUA